AUGAGUUUAAAGGGUUUCCAGAAGAGCCUUGUCCGCGCCCCGCAAAACUUCAAGGCCAAGUUCAACAUUGGCGAGCAUACCCAGGACGCGGUCUACUCCGAUGCAGAACGCCGAUUUCAGGAACUCGAGAAGGAGACUAAGAAACUUCACGAUGAGUCAAAGAAGUACUUCGACGCCGUGAAUGGCAUGUUGGACCACCAGAUCGAAUUCUCCAAGGCCAUGACAGAAUUAUACAAACCCAUCUCUGGCCGUGCCUCCGACCCAAGCACAUAUACGAUUGAAGGGAACCCCGAAGGGAUUCGGGCCUGCGAGGAAUAUGAAGCAAUCGUGCAGGACUUGAAGGAAUCACUAGGGCCUGAGCUGGAGAUGAUUGACUCUCGCGUCGUCAGCCCUGCGCAGCAACUCUUGGAAGUGAUUAAGGCGAUUCGCAAGGUUGGCGUUAAGCGAGACCAUAAACAGCUGGACUACGACCGUCAUCGUGCCACGCUCAAGAAGCUUCAAGAUAAGAAGGACAAGUCGCUGAAGGAUGAGAAGGCUCUCUAUAAGGCUGAGGGUGAUGUGGAGCAAGCUACAUCAGAGUUCAACGGCUAUAACGACCUGCUCAAGGAAGAGCUGCCCAAACUGUUCCAGCUCGAGGCUGAAUUCAUCCGACCGCUAUUCCAAUCCUUCUACUACAUGCAGUUGAACGUCUUCUACACAUUGCACGACAAGAUGCAAGGCAUUAACAUUGGCUAUUUUGACUUAACGCGGGAUAUUGAGGAGGCAUACGACGAGAAGCGCGGAGACGCCAAGGAGAAGGCUGAAGAGCUCACUAUUGUCCACUACAAGACGACAGGUGGUCGCCGCCCAGGAGCAGGCUCGAAGAUGAGUGUUAAAGACAAACUGGCUGCCGAGAAGGGCCGCUUUGGAUCAAAGGCCAGCGAUCCCGAUGUUGUCGACAAUCCACCACCUCCCUACUCCCCCGGCUCUUCCAGCGGAAGCGCCCUUGCCGCCGCUGCAGCCAAAAAGCCAGCACCCCCACCCCCAAAGCCGAAGCCUUCUCGAUUCAGCGCCCCUGCCGAGACGGUUACAGCACUGUACGAUUAUGAAGCACAGGCUCACGGUGACUUGAGCUUCAGUGCCGGUGAAGUCAUCGAAAUCAUACAGCGGACGGACAACACAAACGAGUGGUGGUCAGGCCGUGUUGACGGGCGAGAAGGACAGUUCCCAGCGAACUACGUCCAAUUGAACUAG